AUGGCGGAGGCGCUCUUCCUCGAACUCAGCUGGGGCGUGCUCAGCUCCAUCGGGAUCGCGUGCUUGCUCUUUGGAUUCCUGAUCAUCGGCAUUACGGGAUGGAGCGCUGCUGCGUCGGUCCCAAUCAUCUCCUCGGUCGCGGGUUGCUUGGCAAACGCCCUCUGCUACUACGCCUACUAUCAGACUCACCCACCGGUUAACACUGCGGUUGCAUCUGCAUUUGCAGAUGUGAUGUGGAUGGUUCAAGAAGCCAGCCUGUCUUUUUACAGCUACAUCAUUCUCACGCGCGUCCUCAUCCGAAGGUCGAGGCGCGUUUUCCUCAUCCUCUUUUGGGGCAUCCUCGUCCUAAUUAUCGGUGCAAGACUUGCCAUUCUUGUGAUGAGGGUCAAGGUAACCAUUCUCGAAAGAGAUAACCUGCAAUCCGUCAUCAACAGAGCGCAUAUUGCUUAUUUUGUUUGCAUCGCAUCUAUUGAGAUUCUUUGCUCCUUUUUCCUGCUGCAGAAAUUCGCAUCCGCGAAGAAAGUCUCCCGGGAAGCUUCACUGAAUUCAAAGUUUUUCCGGUACCUUUUCCAGAGUACCGAAGUCCGAAUGACCACGUUGGCGGUCAUCGGGACGACACGAGCAGUGACCUAUUCCUUCCAGCCUUCGAUGCAGCAGUCAACGAACACAGUCAGCCAGGUUGAUAGGUUUAUCUACACUUUUGAGUGUUUAUUCCCAAUGAUGAUAUAUAUUGACCUUCUUGCAUCGAGAGUCAAGUUCACGAUCUCACAGCAUGAACGAUCUGUGACUAUAAUGAGACCUUUGUCCACGCGAUCUCUUGCAAACACUCGACCUAUCCGCAAGGCAUCAGUCUCUUCGCGCCAUUACUUGGAAGGCAAUGCGUCCGAGUGUGAGCUAAGACCACUCAGCGAAACGACGUUCGCAGCAGGAGUGGCCAAUCUACAUGUAGUAGAAAGGCCAGAAAAGGCCAAAUGCACAUAA